AUGUUUGCCCACGCCAAAGCUGUUCGUGCCCUUGUUGCCAGGGGAAAGAAUGCCACUGACCAACGUCUUUCUUCGUCUCAUUCGGGACCUCCCACUUCUGACCACUUGACGCCGAUGAUCUUUAACCGAGGAACAACCCAGCCCGUUCGUGAUGCUCUCUUGGCGGAUACCCGCCACUAUAAUCAGUUUAUGAUCAUUGUUGACAACAAGCCGGUCUUGUUUGCCAACCCGCAGCCCUUUGUCGACCCGGCUGGUCACACAUGGCUCAUUGGUAAUCUCUCUGACAAGAUUGGUGAGGUCGUCCCUGCCAAGAUUCCCUUUCGUUGGGCUCGUUCCCACUUCACGGCCCUGGCUCCUGGUUCCGUCAUUGAGAAGUUCAAGUUGACAACGUCUGAACAACAUCCCGAUGAUAUCUCUGGUCCUGCCCCGGCCGGUGGUACCCACGAAGAUGCUGAACCCCCAUCUACGGCCCGUAUUACUCUCGAGCCAUUGAUUGUGGCGGGUUCUGAACCAGGUUUCUGUUGCCUCCCUUGCAUGUACCCCUGGCCCAAAGGCUUUCCCUUCCCCAAGACCACCGAUUUAGUGACCCACCCAAUUGGUUGA